AUGUUAACACCAAACGAAUGGCAGUUAAUGGAUGAUUUAGUUAAAAUUUUGCAGCCUUUUGCAAAUGCUACAAAAAUGCUUGGCGGAAGCAAAUACGCUACAAUGUCAUUUAUGUUUACAGCUAUAUCUUCAUUAAAAAAAUUGCUUAAUAUUGAUAAUAACAUUCGAAUUACAGUAGAUCUUGAUGAUUCAAAUACUGUGUUUGAUGAUAAUUUAGAUUUACAAGAAGAUAUCGGAUUUAUUGAUAAGCCAGAAAUAUUAGAUAUUGAAAUAGAAAAAAAAAUAAGCCAAGUUAAAAUUAAUAUUCUACAAAACUGUGAAGGGAUGGUAGAUUAUGUUAAGUCAGCAUUGCUUAAUGCCUUAAAUUACUACUGGAAUUAUUCAACUCAUAAAUCUCUUUUAGCAACAAUUCUUGAUCCUCAUAAUAAAAAAAUAGAGUUCGCUACAGAUGAUCAAAGAUUUGAAGCUAAAACCUAUUUAAUGGAAGAAUAUGAAAGAUUUCAAAAAUCAGAGUUAAUGCCACUUAAUGCAAUACUGAUAGAUAAAGAAGAAGAAAAAAAAAAUAUUAUUAACCACUAUAUAUACACCUGUUCAAUAUUCUGA